GCUGCCAGGACAGUGAAAGACAGAAACUCAUAUAGACAACAUAAGAUACAUUGCAGACAUGGAGCCAGGAUCAACUGUCAGUGCUGUGCGGAGCCAGAGGGUUUUGUGUGGAGAGGAAAUUCGACCUGCAGUUAUCAUAAUAAAGGAAGGAAAGAUUAAUUGCAUUCUGCCUGAUUCAGAAGCUUCCGUGCACACAGCUGGAAAGGUACUGGAUGUGGGGAACAGUCUGGUAAUGCCAGGUAUAGUGGACUGUCAUGUUCAUGUUAAUGAGCCAGGCCGUUCCUCCUGGGAAGGGUACUGGACCGCCACGCGAGCAGCUGCUGCUGGAGGAGUCACCACAAUUGUAGACAUGCCUCUAAACAGCAUCCCACCAACUACAACUCUUCGAAACUUUCAUGAGAAGUUGCGUGCUGCUACAGGGCAGUGUUUUGUAGACACAGCAUUUUGGGGAGGAGUCAUCCCUGGAAACAAGCUGGAGCUGAGGCCGAUGAUCCAGGCUGGUGUGGCUGGAUUUAAGUGCUUUCUGAUUCACAGUGGAGUGGAUGAGUUUCCUCAUGUGAGUGAUGCUGAUGUGCAUGCAGCUAUGAAACAACUCGAGGGCACAGGCAGCGUUCUGCUGUUUCAUGCAGAGCAAGAAGUCCAGCAUCCAGCUGCUGAGAAAUGCGAUCCACAUGAAUAUUCCACCUUCCUGAGGUCCAGGCCUGACAUUAUGGAGCUUGAGGCCAUCCGUACUGUCACUCAGCUCUGCUUACAAUAUCAAGUGAGAUGCCACAUUGUGCACCUGUCAUCAGCCCAUCCUCUGGAGCUCAUCAGGUCAGCAAGAAAGGCUGGAGCUCCACUGACGGUAGAGACCACCCAUCACUACCUCAACCUAUGUGCAGAGAACAUUCCAGCACGUGCAACUCAGUUUAAAUGCUGCCCCCCGAUACGAGACACAGCCAACCAGGAGCUCUUAUGGUCUGCACUCAAAGCUGGUGAUAUUGACAUGGUUGUGUCAGAUCAUUCACCGUGCACACCUGACCUGAAGUGUUUAGACAGUGGUGAUUUCACACAGGCGUGGGGAGGGAUCUCUUCUCUGCAGUUUGGUUUAUCUUUGUUCUGGACAUCAGCUUCUAAAAGAGGGUUUUCAUUUUUUGACGCAGUAAGACUCUUGUGUAAAGAGCCUGCUCAACUCUGUCGCCUUGACAACCAAAAAGGGAGUCUCAUUCCAGGUCACGAUGCAGACUUAGUCAUUUGGGAUCCAGAAAAAGAGUUUACGGUGAACGAAGACAACAUACAUCACAAAAACAAGUUAACUCCGUACCUUGGCCUUGCUCUGCGAGGGAAGGUGAAGGCCACUAUAGUCCGAGGGAAGGUGGUUUACAGUCAUGGCUCUUUCAGUUCUCAGCCUCUGGGGAAGCAUCUCUUUAUCCAGCACAAGACGCCGGACCCACUGUAAACUAAGCACAUAGAACACAUUACAUUAUCUCACCUUACUCAUCACUGUUAGGUAAAACUGGUACUGUGAGGCAUCUAAUUUUAGAGUACAAUUUAUUUGAAUUGAUUAUUGAUUGUGCAGUAUUGUGGUUUAUUCAAAAAUGCAUUGGCUAACACUUUGCACAAACAUUAAAUACUACUACUACAUUUCAGAAUUAACCUAAUCUUUAAUUUCAAUGGAAUAGUACAUCCAAAAAAUAAAAUUCUGUCAUAAUUUACUUCUUGUAGCAUUUCAAACCUGUAUAACUGACUUUUUUCUGUCGAGGAUAAAAGAAGAUAUUCUGAAGAAAGUUCAGAUUAAGUUCUCAUUGACUUCGGUUCCCUUUGUAUUUUUUGUCCAUUCAGUGAAAGUCAAUGGGAACCGAAACAUUCUUUAAAAUAUCCUCUUUGAGCAUGCACAAUUUUUCAUGGAGCUUUUGGAACAUAUCAUUAAGCUGAUAUGUUUUGGUUAAAAUUGUUAUAUAAUUUGUACAUAAAUGUUAAACAUAUUUUUGAGCCAAUUAAAAUAUCUGUGUGGUCUCUUAGAACCCUAAAAUACACAGCUGACACAGAAUAGUACUUUAAGCAUUAAAAUAUGAAUGUGAUGAAUUUUUGGACAUUUUAAAUCAAUCAAUUAAUAUUUUUUAUUAAUUAAUAAUGAAUACUGUUAACAUACAAUGUUGUCAAUGACCAAGCUCUAUUUUAAUUAAAGGUUUCAUCUGGAAAUAAUAGAAGUAAAAGAAGUAAUUCAUGUUUAACCCAACUUCGAAGCAAAACAGUGAAUUUCAAAGUUUGCUUAACAUUUUUAGAAUUCA